CGUAGGCAGAAAUGUUUACCCACUUAUGUAUCAGUGUAAGGCCUACACGGAAGUAAUUAUCAAUAAAACUCAGCAUCGAUGUCUAAAUCUAGAUGAUUUUGCUUCAGUUCAUGUGACUGGCCUGCUCACCCAGUAAAGAAAUGGAGACUGUGGUCAUUGUGGCUAUUGGUGUCUUGGCCACUAUUUUUCUGGCUUCCUUUUUGGCCCUGGUUGUGGUAUGCAGACAGAGGUACUGCCGGACAAAAAAUCUCCUGACGCACUACAACAACAAGCCAACAGUGGAUUUAAUUGGAGCAAUGGAAACUCAGUCUGAACCAUCAGACCUAGAACUGGAUGAUGUUGUCAUUACAAACCCACAAAUUGAGGCAAUUUUGGAAGAUGAAGACUGGAUUGAAGAUGCAUCUGGUCUCGUGUCUCACUGCAUCUCAAUCCUAAAGAUAUGUCAUACAUUGACAGAAAAGCUGGUAGCUAUGACUAUGGGAUCAGGCGCUAAAAUGAAAUCUUCCUCAAGUCUCAGUGACAUCAUUAUUGUUGCAAAGAGAAUCAGUCCAAGAGUUGAUGAUGUGGUGCGUUCCAUGUAUCCUCCGCUAGACCCCAAACUACUUGAUGCAAGAACCACUGCUCUUCUUCUGUCUGUAAGCCAUCUUGUUUUGGUGACAAAAAAUGCAUGUCACCUGGCUGUUGGGAUGGACUGGAUAGAUCAAUCUCUGUCAGCUGCUGAAGAACACAUGCAAGUCCUUAGAGAAGCUGCUAUGGCCACUGAACCAGAACGAGUGCACCCAGGAGCAGAAAACUUUCUGCAAGAGCAAUCUACAAUUUAAAAGCAAGAGGACAGAUAUUAAAAAAAAAAAAGUAUUUUGCGAUAUGAAAGUUUUAUCUCACAUUAUGGAUUUUUGAUUGCUACAGUGAAGGAAAUGAUUGGUCAAAUUUGUGCUCACUUGGAAUGAAGGCUAUCAGUGUCAUUUUGUGCCUGCCCAUUAUUUUACUGCCUAAUCCCAUGUAUUGUAGAGGGUAAGGGAGUAUAUCCAUCACCUACAUACACUACUAGCUCCCAUUCUGCAAGAUAAACCGAUAUUUAUGAAAAAGCAUCCUUUCCAUUACUACAGGCGUUUCCAAGCUCAGUUCUCAAUGCACACUAAUACCCCUUUCAUACCACACAAAUAACCUGGUUUCAACACGGUAUAUUGCCAGGUCGACACGGGUCGCUGUGCGGUGUGAAAGGGGCCAUGGAUGAAUUCCCGGGUCGCCUGACCCAAUAAUUUAACCCGGGUUAGAAGAAGGGUUAUUCACGAGUAAUUACUGGGUCAGAGCACCGCCUCCAUUCUGCCCCUGAUGCCGGCUCCGUCCCCGCAUAUUGCUGGGUCGGGAUUGCGGUGUGUAGGGUCCAACGCCAGGUCCCACCCGGGAAGGACCCGUUUCCAAUUCCCAGGUGGGACCCAGCCUUGCCAUCUGAAAGCAGUAUUACAGUGAAGGUUUUAGUGAUAUCCAAGCUUCAGCACAGACGGUUAAUUCAAAAUAACCCAAGGUACUAAUUAAGUCACCUGUGCUCAAGCAUGGAUAUCACCAACACCUGUACUGUUAGUGUGUUUGAGGACAGAGAUUGGGAAUGCCUGCAUUACUAGGAACCUGUUAAUAUCACUGAAGCAUGUCGCACUUAUGGCAUAUUUAAUUAGCCGCGGAGAUUACCCUGUGGAUAAUUGUCAGCUAAUUACCCCACAGUGCUGGAAAAUGCUAUUCAAUUAAAUAGCCUUUUUCCCGCGCUGAAAAUCAGGGCUUACUAUGUGGAGAGCCACCAAUUCUGCAUCAACUGGAUAAUGAAUGGGUUUCCCCACGCAUUAACCCCCGAUGGGGUCAUUUUCUCACAGACGUUUCAUUUACACCAUCGGGGAUACAUGCGUGGGGUAAUCCCCGCUAGUUGAAUCAGACUGCACCAAAUAAUGGAAUAUGCCUGUUAACUGCUUGAUACGUCAACACCUAAGUGAGUGGAGAAGUGGACCAGUGGAGAAAUUGCUAAUAGUAACCAAUCAGCAUGGAGGUAGCAUUUCUCAAGUACAUUCUAUAAAAUGAUAGCUACAUGCUGAUUGACAUUGCUAUUGGCAACUUCUCCACUGCUUGAUAUACAGUAUCAACCCCUUAGUAAAGUGACUAGUUGAUAGUAACUGGACCGGAUUUAUUUGUUCAGUCACCCAAAUGGCUAAAUAUGACACAGCCACACUGAGGCUGAAAAUUAUUUAUAGUCUGCCUUCACUUCAGCAACUAGCUACUUUGCCCAUUGUGUUAGCAUUUUUAUUUUGUUUCUCUGUAUGUAUAUAAUGUUUCUACAAUUUCCCAACCCUGUUUCAUUUCAUGGUUUAAUAAGAAUUCUGUUUUUCUCACUGCUUACACUCAUUAUUACAUCUAGACAUUUUCACAUGUGCACAUUUUGUAGUGCUAUUAGGUAAAUGUUUCUGUAAUCGUUUGUUGAGAUUUUAAUGUUCACAUAAUAAAAAUCUACUGUAUAUAUGAGUGAAUAAUA